GUAAUCUCCGAAGAAGAACAAAUUCCUUGCUGAAUCAUGUCUUAUGUUACCGAUUUUUAUCAGGCGAAGUUGAAGCUCUACUCUUACUGGAGAAGCUCAUGUGCUCAUCGCGUCCGUAUCGCCCUCACUUUAAAAGGGCUUGAUUAUGAAUAUAUACCGGUUAAUUUGCUCAAAGGGGAUCAAUCCGAUUCAGAUUUCAAGAAGAUCAAUCCAAUGGGCACUGUACCAGCGCUUGUUGAUGGUGAUGUUGUGAUUAAUGACUCUUUCGCAAUAAUAAUGUACCUGGAUGAUAAGUAUCCGGAGCCACCGCUGUUACCAAGUGACUACCAUAAACGGGCGGUAAAUUACCAGGCGACGAGUAUUGUCAUGUCUGGUAUACAGCCUCAUCAAAAUAUGGCUCUUUUUAGGUAUCUCGAGGACAAGAUAAAUGCUGAGGAGAAAACUGCUUGGAUUACUAAUGCUAUCACAAAAGGAUUCACAGCUCUCGAGAAACUGUUGGUGAGUUGCGCUGGAAAAUACGCGACUGGUGAUGAAGUUUACUUGGCUGAUCUUUUCCUAGCACCACAGAUCCACGCAGCAUUCAACAGAUUCCAUAUUAACAUGGAACCAUUCCCGACUCUUGCAAGGUUUUACGAGUCAUACAACGAACUGCCUGCAUUUCAAAAUGCAGUCCCGGAGAAGCAACCAGAUACUCCUUCCACCAUCUGAUUCUGUGAACCGUAAGCUUCUCUCAGUCUCAGCUCAAUAAAAUCUCUUAGGAAACAACAACAACACCUUGAACUUAAAUGUAUCAUAUGAACCAGUUUACAAAUAAU